AUGCCUUUGGGAACGGGUGACCAAAAACCCGAGAAAUCAUACCUAAGCUCAGCCGUCGAUUCCAUCAACCCCUGGUCGAGUAGUCGCAUCGCGACGCCAACGCAAACACCAUCACCCGACAGCAGGAAACAAGCGGAAAGGGCUGCGACGACCGAGCAGGGCGCAACCCCCGGAGACCGCACCCCGACAGCACUUUAUGGCCAGAGCUUCCGGACAUACCCCGGGGACUGCCCGCCAUUGAAGGUGCAAUGGUUUCAUGCCGUCGAUGUUCCCAAAAGGAAACCCAACUUGUCGAAGGGCCCCCCAAAAGGAAACCAGGAAGCCAAGCCACCUGCCCAACCGAAAAAGUUUUCUGCCUUUUCAGAAUCGGACUCGAGGAGAGUGGAGGCUCGAUAUCAAAAGCUGCUGGAGGCCGCUGAGGACGGUCAUGGCUCUCUUGCCUCGGCCGACCGACCAACAAAAAGACCAAAGCCAGAAAAGUCGACUUCGCUAGGCAGCUCAAAAGGGCAUGGGCGGGUGGCAGUAAACGAAGAUUACCUCUUCGAUGUUGAUAUCGAAGAGCGAGAGCUGGCGCCAGUGUAUUGGCUGGGGCCAAUUUACGAAGUGCGAAGAGGCACUUGGUUCUUCCAAGAAGGCUCGGGACUAAGACCGUGCGAGGAGAAUCUCGCAGCUCAACUCGAGGAGGGAUAUCUAAAAACAAAGCCGUGGCUCGCAGGGCAUGCACGAAGCAGAUUUGAAUCCAAGGAUACGCCCGAAGAAUCUACAGUCGUUCCGCCCGAAGCAACGGACACGAGGAGGAUGAGCGGCGCAGACGAGUCAAAACCGACGAGCAGCGCGACCGAAGCCCCUCCCAUCCCACAGUUACCGACGCACAGAUUGGUUGGUGCCUACAUGAACAAUUUGGCCACUUAUGGUGAUGAAAAGACGGCCUGGAUGACCACAGACGGCAUGCUAUCGUGGGUAGCUGCUUCCGUGUACGAAAGAUUUGCUGGCGGUGGCUACAUGAGCGGUGUCAAGUUGAUCAGGGGGUAUUCCGAAUCGAAGAAGACCAAAGAAAAGGACGAUGCAAAGCCAGCCUCUGAAAGCCAAGGCGCAUCGGGCUUGGAUGAGCGACAACAAAACAUGCUGGAAAGAAGAUCGGGCUCGCCCACCACUCGUGCUUCUGCAAAUGACUCGGGCCAUGAACAAGUGAUCAAAAAGGAGGUUGAACAAGGCGAGGUCAAGUUGCAGCGGCAGCUAUCGUCGCUCAUGGAGGGCGGGAGGCGGAGUGCUGAGCAGACCGAGGAGGAAAUCAGAAAACGCGAGGAGCAAGAGAUCCGCGACGACUACAACGCCAGGGAAGGGGAUUAUCAGGGUCGUGGAAUCGAGCAUUUGGUUCUCGUCACUCACGGGAUCGGGCAGCGUCUUGGACUACGAAUGGACAGCGUCAACUUUGUCCACGACGUCAACACGCUGCGCAAAACGAUCAAAUCAGUGUACAGCAACUCUGCUGAUUUGAAGGCUUUGAAUUCCGAGCUUGGUGCGAGUCUCGGCAACUGCAGGGUGCAAGUCCUACCCGUAUGCUGGCGGCAUUUGAUCGAGUUCCCGAGGCGGCGGCAAAGGAAAGGCGAGCAGGAUUUAGGCGACAAUGCCACGGACGAGGUAGAUCAGUAUCCAUCGCUCGAGGAUAUUACAGUAGAAGGCGUCGCGUUUGUGAGGUCGCUGAUCUCAGACCUUGCACUGGACGUGCUGCUAUACCAGAGCGCUUACCGGGAAGAGAUAUCCCGAGUUGUCGUGGCGGAAACCAAUCGUAUUCUCAAGCUCUUUCGGGAGAGGAACCCGGAAUUCAAGGGAAAGAUCCACUUGAUGGGUCACUCCCUGGGGUCGGCGAUAUACUUUGAUGUUCUCUGCAGGCAACGGGAGAGCAGACCCCUUGACGAUACCAGGCAUCCGUUGCGAAUCUGGCCGUCAUCCCACAGCCGGCCGGAAGUCAAACCCAAGGACGAGGAACUAGAGUUUGACUUUGACACGCAGGAUUUUUUCUGCUUGGGAUCCCCUGUUGGUUUAUUCCAGAUGUUGAAGGGCCGGACAAUUGCUGCCCGCCAUCCGCUUCAUGGCUUGCCGUCGGAAAGCCCUCUACAGCUUGAAGAUGCGGACGACAUGUUCUCGGCAGCAACGGAAGGCACAGGCCUGGAUGGAAUGUCUUCCAUCAACGGAUCGUCCUUUUCUGUUUCGUCUCCCAAGGUGGGCCAGCUGUUCAACAUCUUUCACCCAUCGGAUCCCAUCAGCUACAGGAUGGAGCCGCUCAUAUCUCCAGCCAUGGCCUCGUUGAAGCCACAAACAUUGCCGUAUACCAAGAAGGGACUGUUUGGCAAUGUGGCGCCGCAGGGCCUGACGGGGAUAAGCGCAAAGGUUGGCCAGAGCGUCAGCGAUUUCUGGUCGAGGGCCAGCGCCGGGAUCGCCAGCAACAUCCUCAACCGGAGCCUUGGCAUCAGCAACGAGGAGGUUUCUCGGCUUACGGCGGAAAGCCACGCGGCACAAGCUUCAUCAGGGGACAAGAAGACGGCAACCGGGGCCGAAGCCUCUGUCCGCAGCGAACAGGUGGACGACGAGCAGCAGUUGGAUGAAAGAAAGAGACGGAUUGCAGGCGACGCGGCAAGAGGACGCCGCGCGAGCGAUGACGUAAACCCGGUGACGCUUAUUGACGAUGAGCUGGAGACUCUGUAUUCAAGUUUUCAAAAACGGGGCAGGGGCAGGGACAGUUCGGCAGAGCGUGCCGACAAGAUGCUGCGCUUCAACGACGAGUCCCGCAGGGCCCGCAAGAUGCGAAUGGAGGAGGGCAAGGUAAGAGCGCUGAACCGGAACGGCCGAGUGGAUUACAGCAUUCAAGAGGGCGCUCUGGAUUUCAACCCCAUCAACACGAUAGCCUCGCACAUGAGUUACUGGUCAGACGAGGAUGUGAAUCACUUUGUGCUGUCGCAGCUGUUGUCCGGCGGAAGGCCGGUGGGGCAAAGCGAGGACUGGAAAAACGAGCCGAGCCGAGCCAAGGGUCGAAGUGAUUGA